AUGGUAGACAGGGAUCCAGGUACACCUACCUGGAAGUUCACACAAUGCUUCGGAGAUAAGGGCGAUGUGGAAGAUAUCACAGAAGCUGAUAUCAUCUCCACCGUCGAGUUCGACCACACCGGAAACUACCUGGCCACGGGAGAUAAGGGCGGGAGAGUAGUCCUUUUUGAGAGAAACGAAACGAAAAAAACCUGCGAGUAUAAGUUCCACACCGAAUUUCAGUCGCACGAACCGGAGUUCGACUAUCUUAAAUCCCUAGAGAUCGAAGAGAAGAUCAACAAAAUUAAAUGGUGUAGACGGCAGAAUGCUUCCCAUUUUCUACUCUCGACCAACGAUAAGACGAUAAAGUUGUGGAAGGUGUUCGACAAGUCGCUGAAGGUGGUCGCCGAAAACAACCUCUCGAGCGAACUCACCCCUGCCGGUGUGGGUGGUGGAGGGGCGCCGCGCCCCCCUCGUCUAUCAUUCAAGGAUGCCUCCGCCUUGAAGCUGCCGCGAAUGACGCACCAUGACACGGUGGUUGCUGCCGUGCCUCGCAGGACAUACGCCAAUGCGCAUGCAUACCAUAUCAACAGCAUCUCGGUCAACAGCGACGGGGAGACGUUCAUAAGUAGCGACGACCUUCGCAUCAAUCUGUGGAACCUCAACAUCCAAGAACAGAGCUUCAAUAUCGUCGACAUCAAACCAGCGAACAUGGAGGAACUGACGGAAGUGAUCACGGCUGCCGAAUUCCAUCCCACCAGCUGCAAUUGGUUCAUGUAUGCCAGCUCGAAAGGCACCAUCAAGCUGGCCGACAUGCGGCAACGCGCCUUGUGCGACGAACACCACAAACUCUUCGAACAAGAAGAAGACGCUUCAUCACGCUCGUUCUUUUCCGAAAUCAUCUCCUCUAUCUCCGACGUGCGAUUCUCUCAUGACGGCCGGUACAUCGUGUCCCGAGACUACUUGACGGUGAAGAUCUGGGAUGUCAACAUGGAGCGGCAGCCGGUGAAGACGAUCCCCAUUCACGAGCAUCUGCGUCCUCGCCUGUGCGACACGUACGAGAACGACAGCAUUUUUGAUAAGUUCGAGGUUGUCUUUUCGGGCGAUGCGGAAAACGUCAUGACCGGAAGCUACAAUAAUAACUUUAUGAUCUACCCUACCGACCCCAGCAAGGAGACGGAGAUUGUCCUGCAAGCGGACAAGUCAGCGUUCAAAGCGAAGAAGGUUGGCGUGCCAACCCCGAUGAACAAGGGUGCCAACGGAAAGAAGAGCGGCUCGCGAUCCACCAGCCCGGCCGGGCCUGGUAGCCGCAUGAAGAAGGAGACCGAUGCGGAUCAAAUCGACUUCAAUAAGAAGAUUCUGCACAUGAGCUGGCAUCCCUAUGAGGAUAGCAUUGCCAUUGCUGCUACUAACAAUGUGAGGGAUCCCCUUUCCUCCUAUCUGUUCUAUCAUGCUAACCCAGGGGUAGCUCUUUGUUUUCUCCGCAUUGUAAGUACGUGGGAAGAGGGUUCAUCAUCGUACAUGGACAGGUGUAUCGAGGUACACGCGGGACCACAUAUGACCGAAAGAAAAGAGGUCGCUAGCAGCAGCAUUUGCAGAUCCAAAAAUCAAGUUGCCAGUUCUAUUUUAUAA